AUGUCGACUUCUACACCUCCAAAUGGCCAGGCUGCCAGCAAUGAGGCCGGAGCAGCUCAGCAUCCGGAUCCCAAUCACCUAUCUCUGCCGACCUUCCACUCAGUUCGCGAACCCUCCAACGAGCGAGAGGGACGAGUUUCAAGGACCGAGUCGACUGCUUCGGGUUCUGCCAGUAAUCGAAGUAGAAGUCGCAACCCCGAGCCUCAAUCUUCUCGACUACUAGAGCGUCUUUCCUUUGCUAGCAACAAUGCUCGAAACGAUGUGGACUCCAAGAGCAAAGAGAAGGAAAAGGAGAGAGAGAAAGAGAAGGCAAAAGAAAACGACAUUCCCCGACACAAUGUCUCGCGACGUUCUGGUGGCUUUCUACUCGAACCCGUCUCAAACUCCAAACGACUGUCUCGCGAAUCCCCUACUCCUUCUGCUCGACAAGAUGUUGAAGACAAACGGAACGGAGGCGACUCUGAAUUGACUCUCGCAAAGAGGAGGAAUAGAACGUAUGGCCACUCCAGCUCAUCCUUCAAGCGUUCUCCGUUGGCAAGCGAGGUCAAGCAGGAUCCCGUCAUACAUAACUAUCCAAUCUCAGAUCAGUUGGUCCAUGGCACUGAUGUCCGACGGUCCUUCUCAACCUCACACAGCGGCUCUCACUUUGAGGCCACUUCCGGCUCUACCUCGCGUACCAUGGAUGUGCAAAGACCGCCCAUCCCCCAGGUCGGCUUUGACAACGACCCUGCGCAGAUUGUCAACAUGGCUUUAACUCUCAGUGAGGGUAGGCGACGCCUCGCUUCAGGAAGGAGAUAUGUAUCGACCGAUCAGGGUGACCGCCGUGUCGUCUCCGCUGCUUCAACUACAAAUCCUAGCAACACCGUUCGGAGACGGAGUAUCGCUCCAUUUCUGGCGACGAAUCGUCAGUCAUCGCAAAGUGGCUCUCCCAGGAGGAAAACCUCUACCAAACUAUGGGACUCGAACACGCCCACGACGCCGCAAUCUGUUGAUGUAUCCGUUACCGAAGUCGUACCCAAUCUAGACGUCGAUUCCGACUUUAUGGACCAGAUAUCGCCGGCCACCGCAGCCCGAGUUGCCAAAGCAAAGGCUUAUUUUGAACUGGCCCACGAGCAUCGACGUCUUCUGCCGCACUUGCCUCCAAUACGAAAGCCAGGUACUCAUGUUCAUUUGACUGGGCCAGAAGCAAUGCAGAAGGCAUAUAAUCCUCUACAAUACGUCCGAAAUCGGAAGCUCCGCAUAUGGGAAAAGACGGCGAUUGAUAGCGAGGCUGAGGGAUGGCAUGAUGUCUUGAAGGUCAGAGCCUGGGUUGACGCUGUGGUUUCAAGCCACCCAGAGACCCAGCACGAUUCUUUGGAGUGUGUCCGUCUACCUCCGCUGGACCUGCGGACUGCGGAGGCUGAUCAUGAGGAUACCGACGACUCGCCAGAUGAGCCAAAGAGUACGGUGCUGCCUCGUGUAGUCGAGCAGCUCCGUCCCAAGCCCCUUCGCCCACGAUCUGACUGGGUUACUCAUCCCGCCGACUUGAUAGCUGAUGCAUAUUGGUUGGAGCAAGGCUUGAACAAGACGAAAAUCCAGGACCGUGACAACAAUUUGAUCUAUCCACCGAAUACUCACUUCACAUUCUCAGGUUGGCGCAAUCAGACACCUGUCAAUGUACCCAGUAGAUUGCAGCAACCCUCCCCACCUCCGGAAUCUCAUGGCGACUCACUCGAGGAGACACCUUCAUCGGCUUUGCCUGAGCUGCCCACUUUCAAGUCGGCUCAUCAUACGCACAAGAGUGGGCGUCAUGGGCGCCGCAGAGAUCUCAUCAGAGACUCUGUUCACGGCAAGAGUGGCAGCAGCUCUAGGGAGCGCUCUCGCAUACGCAAGAAGCUGUUUCAGGACAGUAGCGACUCGGACUAUUCGGCCUCAAUGUCUUCAGAUGAUGCUGGCGUGGAACGUGGUCGUAGGCGACUUCGACGAAAGAGACACGAAACCCCUGUCAACAAUGGUCUGGACAAACCGAGGGGUCAUUCGCUGUCAAAACAGACACAACAGACAUCGGUCCCCAGUCACGGCGACUCUAGUCAAGGAUCAUCUGCGCCGACAUCGAAAAGAACCUCUAUGGAUCAUACCGGGCUCAAUAAGCUCUUCCGAGUGGACAGCUUCAAGAAGUCUACUCCCUUGACUCGUUCACGCAACAGACAGGACGCCUCUCGACCUCGAUCCAUCCAGGUCCCUGUUCGGUCGAGCCUCGAGCACGAACACCAUCCCCGCGCAUCUACAGAAUACGAUACCACCACAGCCCCUAAUUCCCCUAAUGGGGUCGAAUGGCCUAGUAUUGCCAUCAAUCUUUCCCCACCUCCGAGUAGACCGAGCUCACCGUCUAAGAACCCUCUAUCUACCAUUCUGCAUCCUUUUCACCGCAAACAUCAUAGGGGUCAGGGUCAAAUCAGCACAACUGACUUUGCGCAUGUUCCGCCUGUGGAAUCAGUUCGGGAAGACGACGUGGAAAACCCCGUCAACGAUACUGAUUCUCGUGGUCAAAGUCCCAUGACUAGGACGCUAACUUCGCUGACCAAAAAUCAGACAAACUCGACAGAUGUCGACGACGGAACCAUGCAGUCGUCCAUCGAACACAGACACAGCACGGCGAGUAAAGCCAGUAUGCGGUCAACCGCCAAUGCAGGAACUGAUCAUUCGAGAAUUCGUGCCAUAUUCAAAGGAGGUCGCAUUGCUGAAAUUGUCGGGAAUGAGGUUUCUCGGGUGGGAGACUUUAUCUGGAAACGUGAUAUUCCGAUAAUAUACAGGCACAGAGGCUCGGCUUCGGAAGGAAGCAUACGAUCUUACGAAGGGUCGGAUUCGGAAAGGGAGCAGCACCAGCAGCAGCAGCAACAGCUGCCACCACAACAAAACGGGACAACUCUCAAAACACCUCCUCGCCUGACCCGCUCGAGAUCGUCCACUGUCUCAAGUACCAAGAGCGACCGCGUGGCGCCUGCUGUCAUGAAGACAAUUAACCUGGAAAGUGAUCGACCUCGAUACAAUAAUCCUAAUUUGCCCAGUUUCACAUCCCCUUUUCAAAAGGAUCGUCAACGUCAAGAGAAACAGCAGGGACUUUUGGCGCCUGAAGAUGCAGCCAUACGGAGUGAUCCUACCGACCACAUCUCUCUGCUCGCAGCUCAGCGUCGCGCGGCUUCACAUUCACCACGUCUUGCUGCUCUGCCCAAGCUUGACACUGGAACGCCCACGACGCCAAGCGAGGUGAGUCGACAGAAAAGCUACGGUUUCGGUGCAGCUCUGGACCUCAGCAGAUCGCGAGAUGCAUCUGACCAAUUGAACUCUGUCAUCGGCCCAAUGAGUGGACUGGGUGUCCUUCGUCCAACGCGAUCUACUGGUGAUCUUUCGAAGAUAGGUGGCUCGGAACUUGGUCAAGAAGAUGGUGAACCAGCAGACGUGACAUGGCGCGAUAUUGAACGUGCAUAUGCCCUGCUAUUCACUUCCACCGUCAAGGCCCGAGAGAUUGGACGUCGGGCAGAAGACCCGGGCGAAGAGCUGCCGGCAUUCCUUCUUGCUAGUCUUACCCCGGAGAACAAAGCGUUGCAUUCUGCGAAGCCUUUGCGUGUCAAGAAACGAGAACGACAUAUCGUUGCAGCACAAAAUAUCAUGAAAACGCUGGAAGGCCAUUCAUUGACCUUCAAUAAGAAACUACAUUCUUUCACCACGUCGCUCAUACCCACUUUGCACAGCCAGCUCCAGAUCCUCGAGGACCAAGUGGAAAACAACAUGACACCGCAGGUGCGAAUGACAGCUGAUUCAGCAGGCGAAUUGAGCAUGAAGCUCUCCACUACUAGUACCCUUGCUGUCAAAGAACUCAACGACACGAUCGAAGUCGCUUUUCGCAGAAAACGGAGGGGUCCGAUCAGGUUGUUCCGCAAGCUGUGGUUUGCAGGUAUUGAGUGGACCGUCGUCGGGUUACUCUGGCUCAUCUGGGCUGUUGUUUCAGUGGUCAGACUCGCUUUGGGAAUGGGCCGAUGUGUCGUCCGUGGAGUGAGAUGGUUGCUUUGGAUCGAUUAA